GAUCUUGCGUUUGUUUCUCAUAAAGACAAAAAAAGAAAAAAAGAUGCUCCUCCUGAGGUUGGCAUUUGCUCUCCCAACCCAACAAUUCACGCUGCCUUUAAACCAAUUUGCUGAUUCCGCCUCCAACAUCUGCAACUAUUUCCAGCAUUUCACUUUUCAAGAGUAAGUGGAAUGGAAACCCAACCCACCAAGUUGUUCUCUUUCUGCUUCUCCAAGUAUUCUCUCUUUCAUUACUAUGCACUUAAAUUGAUGGAAAAAGUCUCCUACCAUCCUUUUCUGUGAUUUCCCACCUGCUUUGCCUUCUUUAUCUUUUAUUUCCAUUUACAGAAACCUCUCUAGUGAUGGGUGGUCUCUAUGCCUCAACGCUCCUCCUCUAGAAUUUCUUCCGUCCUUUGGUCUUGAGGUAGUAUCACAUAAGGCAUCACCAUGAAUUUGGUAUGGCUUGUGUCAAUUCUCGUUCUCUGUGUUCGAUCAUUUUCGGAAGCAGCUCGAGGCCCCAAUGUUAUAAAAAUUGGAGCUCUCUUGACCCUUAACUCUAUUAAUGGAAAAGUUUCACGGAUUGCCUUGAAGGCUGCUGAGGAUGAUAUAAAUUCCGAUCCAAGAUUUCUUGGCGGAAGGAAAUUGUCUAUAACCAUCCAUGAUUCCAAGUUCAAUGGAUUUCUUAGCAUCAUUGGUGCAUUAGAGUUCAUGGAGGCUGAUACCGUAGCCAUAAUUGGUCCACAAAAUGCAGUUAUGGCCCAUGUACUCUCACAUCUUGCAAAUGAACUUCAUGUUCCGUUCUUAUCAUUCACAGCUCUAGACCCCACCCUGACUCCUCUACAGUAUCCUUACUUUGUCCAGACAGCCCCCAAUGAUGAGUUUCAGAUGACCGCCAUUGCUGACAUUGUCAGCUAUUUUGGCUGGGGAGAGGUUGUUGCUAUUUAUAGCGAUGACGAUCAGAGCCGAAAUGUUGUUACUAUCUUAGGUGAUAAGCUUGCAGAGAGGCGCUGCAAAAUUUCCUAUAAAGCAGUUCUUGCCCCGGAUCCAACAGCAAACCGCAGUGAUGUUAUGAAUGAAUUGGUCAAGGUUCAACAGAUGGAAUCGCGAGUAAUUGUUCUAAGUACCUUCAAAAGAACAGGUCUCUUGGUUUUUGAUGUGGCCAAGAGUAUUGGCAUGAUGGAGAAUGGCUAUGUAUGGAUAGCUACUACUUGGCUAUCUACUGUUCUUGACUCAACUUUGGCACUGUCUUCAAAGACAGCCAACACUCUCCAUGGAUCUCUAACACUUCGCCCUCACAUUCCUGAUUCACAAAGAAAGAGAGCAUUUAUGUCGCGUUGGAACCAGCUGAGUAAUGGCUCCAUUGGUUUGAACCCUUAUGGUCUAUAUGGCUAUGACACCGUUUGGAUGAUUGCACAUGCUGUAAAACAGCUUUUAGAUCAGAAUGGCUCCUUUUCAUUCUCGAAUGAUUCAAACUUAAGUGGUAUUGGAGGAGGAACUCUGAAUCUUGAAGCAUUGAACGUAUUUGAUGGAGGAGAACAGUUGCUUAAAAACAUUUUGCAAAUCAAUAUGACAGGUGUGACAGGUCCUAUUCAGUUUAAUCCAGAUAGAUCGCUGCUAUAUCCUUCAUAUGAUAUCAUUAAUGUAGUCGAAAGCAAUCAUCAGCAGAUUGGAUACUGGUCCAACUAUUCUGGCCUUUCUGUCGUGCCCCCUGAGACACUUUAUGAGAAACCACCAAACCGUUCAUUUUCAAGCCAACAUCUAUUAGACGUGGUAUGGCCUGGAGGAGGGACAGCUAAGCCUCGUGGAUGGGUUUUUGCAAACAAUGGAAGGGAGUUAAGAAUAGGAGUUCCAAACCGAGUUAGUUAUCGAGAUUUUGUCUCAAAAGUCAAUAGUACCGAGAUAGUCCAAGGAUACUGCAUAGAUGUGUUCCUUGCUGCCUUAAAAUUGCUUCCAUAUCCAGUUCCACACAAGUUUGUUCCUUUCGGGGAUGGUCUGAAGAAUCCCAGCUACAGCGAUCUUGUAUUUAAGAUCUUAUCAGGCGACUUUGAUGCUGCUGUGGGUGACAUUGCAAUUGUCACAAACCGGACAAAGAUUGUGGAUUUCACUCAGCCAUAUAUCGAGUCUGGCCUAGUUGUGGUGGCACCGGUCAGGAAGUUGAAUUCAAGCCCAUGGACAUUCUUGCGGCCAUUUACUCCUUUGAUGUGGGGUGUCACGGCAGUUUUUUUCCUUAUUGUUGGAUCUGUUGUAUGGAUUCUUGAACACAGAACUAACGAUGAGUUCCGGGGCCCUCCUAAGAAACAGAUUGCCACAAUCUUUUGGUUCAGCUUCUCUACUAUGUUUUUUUCCCACAGAGAAAAUACAGUAAGCACACUGGGUCGCCUUGUGGUGAUCAUUUGGCUUUUUGUCGUAUUGAUAAUUAACUCAAGCUACACUGCAAGCCUGACUUCAAUCCUCACAGUGCAACAGUUAUCCUCACCCAUCAGAGGGAUUGACAGCUUAGUGACAAGCAACCAACGUAUUGGAUUCCAAGUUGGAUCUUUUGUGGAAAAUUAUCUGAGUGAGCAACUAAAUAUUGCAAAACAUAGACUUGUUCCACUUGGGUCACCUGAAGAAUAUGCUAUUGCACUUAAGAGGGGAAAUGUUGCUGCAGUAGUUGAUGAAGGACCUUAUGUCGAGCGCUUCCUCUCGGACCAUUGUGCUUUCUCCAUUAGAGGCCAAGAGUUCACCAAAAGUGGGUGGGGAUUUGCAUUUCCCAGAGAUUCGCCUUUAGCCAUUGACAUGUCAACUGCCAUUCUUGCUUUGUCUGAGAAUGGUGAGCUUCAGAAGAUCCAUGAAAAGUGGCUGUCACCAAAGAAGGCUUGUGAUUCCCACAACUCUGUUGCUGAUUCAGAACAGCUUCAGUUAAAGAGCUUCUGGGGGCUAUAUCUGAUCUGUGGGAUUGCAUUCUUGCUUGCUCUCCUCAUAUACUUCUUCUUGAUGUUACGGCAGUUCAGCCGUCACCGGCCUGAUGAAUCAUUGACAUCUAGCCAAGGGAGUGGUCCUUCUUCACGCCUGCAGACAUUCUUAUCAUUUGCAGAUGAAAAGGAAGAUGAGUGGAAAAGCAGAUCAAAGAGAAAACGUAGAGAUUCGUCAUCAUUUAAUGGUUAUAUGAAAGACGAUGAGUCUCGGGAUGGAUCGGUGAGAAUAGAUCGGGAAAUUUCUCAGGACUCGUGAGAGGCAAAGUGAUGGUAGUUGGCCUCUUGAAUCCAUCCUGGUUGUAUUACAAAACAAACUAAUUCUUUUCCAGAUCAUUUGUACCCCCAUAUAGUCCUUUAGUAUUAUGCCCCAUAUAGUCAUUCCAUGUUUGGGUAGAGAUAUCUUAGCCAAGCGAAGUUUGUUAUAGGUAUUUCAAUGUAUUUAGCAGUCUAUACAACACCGCUAUAUAUGUAUAUCUAUGAUAAUGAUACUUGAAAAACCAAUGUAUUAUGACAACAUUUCAAUUGCAA